AUGGAUCCUAACGGUGGCUAUCCCCCUACCUAUCCCAUGCCAACCCAAACCCCGCCAAAUCAAAUGCCCUUCUACCCCAAUUCAAUGCCCCAAUAUCCCCAGUCCAAAACACCGAUUCCACCUGUGCAGCAACAACAGCAUUCCUAUGGUGCGAUGCAGAUGCACGCUGGCGGCCCCGGAGGAGCUAUGAUGCCCGGCGGCUUUCCCCCACAAACAUCCGUCGCUAUGGACGCCUUCUUGUCUCCAUUUACUCAGACUCCCCUCCCCACCAACAUGACACCAUUCUCCCAGCCGGGUGUGAUGCCUAAUGGACCCUCGGUUGUCCAGCAGGCCUUCAACCAAAAUAUGGCCUCGAUCCAGCAAAAUUCCCUGCUCACCAACCAGCCCAAAAUGUCAAAUACCAAUUCACCCCAAGUCCCUCACCCUGAAACCCCAGUUCAGGUCCAGUCUCCGGCCCAAUUCCCAGCUCAAGCGCAAAUGCAGGCCCAAAUGGCAGCGCGCGAAAAGGCACGAGUGACCGUACUACUCGAUAUCAACUCUGCUCUAUUGCAGGAGGUGGUCAACCUUCAAGCAUCGGGAAAGGCCGGGAUUCCUUUAUCAGGUGAUACCAGCAGCUCACCGUCCGACCCAAGCGCAGAUCCCACCAAGGCACCUGCCUCAAAACCAAGCCAAGAAUACAUCGAGUGCAUGCGCCGACUGCAGGCAAAUCUGGCGUACCUGGCCACAAUAGCGGAUCGGGCCAAAAAGUCCGGUGGGGUGGCACCCCCGGCUCCGGCGAUCAUGUCGCCGCCUCCGCACCUGCUCGCUGUUCAUGAGCUGUAUGCCAAAAUGAACGAGCUGUUUCCUCGAGCUAACAAAGGCUCAACCCCUCAAACGCUCAGCCCCGGGGCAAUGCAGGGUAACGGGGGACCCAGUCCAUCGCCCAUUACGGAUUCAGUGAUCUGA